UGCAUCUCGCACCAGGACAUUGUCGAUGUUCCCUUCCAACGACUGACUAUUGCAAACAUGAGGUCGCUCAUCUCAGCACACGCCUCGGUGCGGAAUAUCGCACGAUGCCAAAGCGAAAUUCUAGCAGCUCGACGGAGUUUCAUCAAUGCUGCUGGCCCUAUCAGAAACACCAUAAGAGCACAGAAUCACGAGAGAAUACUGCCGCCAUCACAAUCAUUGGGCGCAUCGCGGCGGUGGCAAUCUGCUGCUGCAGCAGAAGUUGCAGCCAAGAUUCAUGAUCCAACAAGUCUGACUCAAGACGCAAUCAUCGCGAAUCUUGAUCCGGCAGAGGCUGCUAGGUUGCAAAAGGUCCGCAAUAUCGGUAUUGCCGCCCACAUCGAUUCAGGAAAGACAACGGCAACGGAAAGAGUUCUUUUCUACACAGGUCGUAUUAAUGAUAUUCACGAAGUUCGUGGGCGAGAUGCUGUCGGUGCGAAAAUGGACAGCAUGGAUCUUGAGCGAGAAAAGGGCAUCACUAUUCAGUCAGCUGCCACUUUCUGUGAUUGGAUCAAGAAAUCGACCGAUCCAGAGACAGGUAAAGUAACAGAGGAGAAGUACCACAUCAAUUUGAUUGACACACCGGGACACAUUGAUUUCACCAUCGAGGUUGAACGUGCACUGCGUGUGCUAGAUGGUGCCGUCAUGAUCUUGUGCGCUGUCUCGGGUGUGCAGUCGCAGACAGUCACUGUCGAUCGACAAAUGAAGCGCUACAACAUCCCACGUAUUUCAUUCGUCAACAAGAUGGAUCGUGCUGGUGCGAACCCGUGGAAGGCUGUGGACGGCAUCAAUCAGAAGCUCAAGAUUCCUGCUGCGGCCAUACAAAUCCCCAUCGGCGCAGAGGACGAAUUCAAGGGUGUCGUUGACCUGAUCGACAUGAAAGCCAUUUAUUGCGAAGGCGACAAAGGUCUGAUCGUGAGGCACGCCGAAGUUCCCGCGGAUCUUAAAGAAUUUGCGGAGGAGAAGAGGGCGCUUUUGAUUGAGACCUUGGCAGAUGUCGACGAAGAUAUCGCCAAUGCUUUCUUGGACGAACGAACGCCUUCGUCGACGGAGAUCAAGGCUGCCAUCAGACGUGCCACUAUCGGUCUCAAGUUCACGCCGGUGCUCAUGGGUUCUGCCUUGGCCGAUAAGUCCGUUCAGCCUAUGCUCGAUGCCGUGUGUGAUUACCUGCCCAAUCCAGCCGAAGUGGAGAACUUGGCUCUUGAUCGUCGACGAGCGGAAGCCCCAGUCAAGCUCGUCUCGUACAACAGUCUCCCGUUCGUUGGACUUGCGUUCAAGCUCGAGGAGUCAAACUUUGGUCAGCUCACAUAUGUGCGUGUUUACCAGGGCUCGUUGCGAAAGGGACAAACUGUGAUCAAUGCGCGCACCGGCACCAAGGUCAAGAUUCCUCGCAUUGUACGAAUGCAUUCCAACGAGAUGGAAGAUGUUCAGGAGAUCGGAGCCGGCGAGAUUUGCGCCGUGUUUGGUGUGGACUGUGCCUCUGGUGAUACUUUUGCCGAUUCAAGUUUGAGCUACUCCAUGACCAGUAUGUUCGUUCCAGAUCCAGUCAUUUCUCUAUCCAUUCGACCAAAGCAGACCAAGGAUACGCCCAACUUCAGCAAAGCUAUGUCCCGAUUCCAGCGGGAAGAUCCUACUUUCCGUGUACAUGUCGACACCGAGAGUGGCGAAUCCAUUAUCAGCGGUAUGGGAGAACUCCACUUGAGUAUUUAUGUCGAACGCAUGAAGCGUGAGUACAACGUUGAGGUUGUUACUGGUCAGCCGCAGGUCGCGUACCGCGAGACCAUUCAGAGUCAUACCACAUUCGAUCACUUGCUCAGGAAGCAAAGUGGAGGUGCAGGUGACUAUGCCCGUGUUGCGGGAUGGAUCGAGCCUGUCGAGAAUCUCGGAGAAAACAAAUUCGAAGAGCAAGUUGUUGGAGGUGCCAUUAACGAGAAGUUCAUCUUCGCUUGUGAAAAGGGUUUCAUGGCAUCUUGUGUCAACGGUCCACUCCUCGGCCAUCGCGUUCUCGGAGUAUCGAUGGUGAUCAACGACGGUGCCACUCACAUGACUGACUCGUCUGAAAUGGCCUUCAAGAACGCAACACAACAAGCUUUCCGAAAAGCUUUCCUCGCUGCUGGUCCUCAAGUCUUGGAACCGCUGAUGAAGACGGUGAUCACGGCACCCAACGAAUUCCAAGGUAAUAUCGUUGGUCUGCUGAACAAGCGUAACGCGACUAUCAACGAUACCGAGAUCGGUCCUGAGGAGUUUACUCUCACCGCUGACUGCUCUCUCAAUGCCAUGUUCGGAUUCUCCUCGCAGCUUCGUGCUGCAAGUCAAGGCAAGGGCGAGUUCAGCAUGGAGUUUAGUCAUUACUCACCUGCGCCCAUGCAAUUGCAGAAAGAACUAAUUGCCAAAUAUGAGAAGGAGAGGGCAGAGAGGAACAAGAAGUGAUGAGCCAGUUACACAUAUUGCAUUCAUACUCCUCGUCAGAACCGAGCCCGACAUCCAUUUGGGCCAUGCAAAGGUGACGGAAACGAACAUUGUUCUUGAUGGCCAUGCGCCGCUCUUCAAUCGAAGCGAUCAAUGAUGAAUUUGGACUUCCACUAGAUUCUUCUACCCUGUGAGUGCGGAUCCAAGAUCCCGUUCAAGCGAGCCUUUUCUCCUGUCGUCGUAAACAUUUACCGACGAAAUCGGCGAUUACAAAGGAGCUCGCGUCCUGGGGAUACAUGUCUUUGUACUUUCAGUCUCCUCUUCAGUAUGUACUUAUUACCAUCUGUAAAUUUGUAAAUAUCUUGAUUCGAAUUUUCACUUCGCUUCAAUGCAACCACUCCGGAUGAUCG